UUCUGGUUCUUCAGUUAUAUGGCUAAAUAAUUUAACUCACGCGCUCCCAUCUACUCGCUCGUGAAUUCUACAUACAAAGAAGGAGAGUGGGGAAAAUCCAGUCAGAAGGCAUUUUCUAGUAUUUUUUUUCAGUUAUGUUUCCUGAUUAAACUACGUUUGCUUUUUUAUUUCUUUUAUUGAGAUUGAGAUUGCAGGAGCUUCUAUAAACUUCCCAGCGGUUGGCAACCGAGAGUUUGCUUUAUAAAUCACGUUCUCGUCGAAACCAUAACUCUAUAAAUACCCAAACGUUAUUGAAAGCGUUUUCUUUCUUUUUCUUUCUUAUAUCUAUCUCUUCUCUGAGUUAAGCAUCGAUUUGGUAUCAUACGAUUUUUAGCUUGAUCCUCGUUUUAGUUCUCUGCGAUAUCUUCUCCAGUUCAGAUAUUGUUUACUCACAUCGGUUUUAAGCAGAGUAACUAAGGGGGAUGAACAGUUUUCAGGGCCCUUAUGCUUGAUGGACUGCUUGCCGAACAGCAGUGACAAGAAAACUUUAAAGAGGAGGUUCUUCAUUGAUAAAAGGGUUGGCUUAUUUGAGAUUGAACAUUAAGAUUUGUUUCUUUGCACUUGAGUGGAUACUUUGUUAAAGGAAUCUAUUAGCUUUUACAUUAUAAGUAGUGAUACAAAGCUGGAUUCAAUGGACCUGAAACCCAAUCACACUGCUUCUGUUAUUGCUGAUCCUGUACCGCUAAGCAAGUCAAGACUAGGAGUACCUUCCAGUCUGUUGCCAUACUCAUCUGCAGCGUUUUCUCGAAAUCUAUUUUUAACUGUUCCUUGGAAAACUGGAAUUCUUGAUGAUGUUCGUACCAGCAGCUGGCUUGAUGCUAUGAAAUCCUCAUCACCUUCUUAUAAGAAAACUAGGUGUUUCAACAAUGAGCUCAUAUCAGCUGAUACAGAUGUUGCAUAUCACACAUGGAUGGUUAAAUAUCCCUCUGCCCUCACAUCUUUUGAACAAAUAACAAGUUUUGGAAAAGGCAAGAGAAUAGCAUUGUUUUUGGAUUAUGAUGGGACUCUUUCACCAAUUGUGGACAACCCGGAUUGUGCCUUUAUGUCUAAUGAUAUGCGAGCUGCUGUAGCAAAAGUGGCAAAACACUUCCCAACAGCAAUAAUUACUGGAAGAAGCCGUGACAAGGUAUAUGAGUUUGUAGGAUUAACGGAUCUCUAUUAUGCGGGAAGUCAUGGAAUGGACAUCAUGGGUCCUGUUAGGCAAUCUUCCAAUGAUCAUUCUAACUGCAUUACAUCUACUGAUAAGCAGCGCAAGGAAGUUAAUUUAUUCCAGCCUGCUAGUGAAUUCUUACCUAUGAUUGAUGAGGUUUUUAACUCACUUGUAAACAGCACCAAAGAAAUUAAAGGAACAAAAGUUGAAAACAAUAAGUUCUGCGUCUCUGUCCAUUACCGUAACGUAGAUGAGAAGGACUGGACUACAGUUGCAAAAUGUGUCCGUGAUGUGAUCAGAAACUACCCUCGCCUACAAUUGACUCAUGGGCGGAAGGUUUUAGAGGUUCGGCCUGUGAUCAACUGGGAUAAGGGGCGAGCUGUUACAUUUCUACUUGAAUCACUUGGGCUUAGCAAUUGUGAUGACGUGCUUCCCAUUUAUGUUGGAGAUGACCGGACAGAUGAAGAUGCAUUUAAGGUUCUGAGAGAGGGAAAUCGCGGAUAUGGCAUUUUGGUAUCAUCCGUGCCCAAGGAGGAGAGUAAUGCAGAUUUCUCCCUGAGGGAUCCACAAGAGGUGAUGGAGUUUCUUAAAUCACUGGUGAUUUGGAAGAAGAAAAGUGCUCUCUGAAAUCUGAAUACAACAAAUAAAUAUAGAGAAGAAUAAAAACUCUGAUGCAAACGUGGAGCCUAUAUGUUUUCUAAUAGUCAACACACGGAGGCUUUGGAGUGGAACUGCACAGAGGAGCUCCAGUAGUCUCCAGGACUGGUGCCUUACUCUUGCUACUGCUCAAUUCUUCUUAACUGUAUAUUCCUGCUUUAAUUAUCUUUCUGACUGGUGCACAAAGGAUGCUUCACUUAUGAGAUCAACCAUUUAUGUUUCCUCUUCUUUACCUUCAGUUUUGGUCAGCAGCUCUCUUCCAAUGGAACACACUAAAUAUUUUUUCAUUCUUUUAAAGUAUAGAAAUGCUUGUAUGUAUAAACUCCUCUUAGCUAUACAUAUUUUCAAGCAUUCUUCUCUAUUAUUUUUUCCUUAAAGUGUUUUUUUGAAGUGGUCCACUUGGGCUGGCUGAGGGCUUAACUAGAAGUUGAUGUGUUUCUAGCAAAUCAAAAGUUGAGUGAAACAGCUAGAUUAUCGGCUGGCUGAGUGUAAUCUAGGCAUGAAUCAACUGUUUCUUCUGAACAGGAUUAAUGGAAUCAAUAUUAUUUUGAGUAAAA